AUGGAUAGUGGGGGCGUGAGACAAAUCAUAUCAGCCUUGGGUAUUAUUUAUGAACCUAAAUCGACCAAUUUUGAACGAAGAGAAGCACAAAGUUUUCUCGAAACGGUUAAACUAAAUGAAGAGUCGCCAUAUUGGGGAUUCCAACUAGCCCUUCCGGAAAAUAAUCAAUCCAACUAUAUUGUGAGGCAUUUUGGUCUUUCCUUGUUACAGAGCUCAAUAAGGUACAAGUUUCAUACUUUUGACUCUACCAAAAUAUCGGCCAUCAAGAAUUGGAUUAUAGAAUUGGCUAAUAAAGUCGAGCCCAAUGAUCCGCAUUAUAUAAAGGAGAAAAUUGCAUUCUUGUGGGUAUCGCUAGCAAAGCGAAUAUGGGGCUAUUAUCUCGUUAAGCAGGAGCCGCUGCUGCGUGAGCGCGAGCGUGAGCGUGAGCUCUCACAGCUCUCACAGCUCCCACAGCAGCAGCUGCUGCUGCAACACCAACAACAGCGGGACCAGGUGCACAAGGCGGAGUCGCGAGACGAAGACAGGUUUGCUUUAGAGGAGGACGAGGAUGUCGAGGAUAAAGACGACUCAAUUGAAAAUGGCUCAAGGUCACCAGCAGUGACCGCCCAGGAAGCAGAGGACGGGUGGGUUUUGAUGGAUGCAAACUUAUGGACUCUAUGGAAUAACAACAUCACCUGUCGCGAAUUGUCGUUGACUAUACUUCGAACAUUAUUUGAAGACGUUUAUCUUCUCGAAGAUCCCAUUGCUUCUAAAAAUAGCGUGAUACUAAACCAGCUAUCGGUCUUGAUUGUCACUCCUAAUAGGAUAUUAGACUCUAUUUAUCAGAACAACCCAAGAAUUUCCGUUUGUAAGUUUUCUACAGACGGCUGGUUCAUAGAAUGGUCAAGGUUCUUGUUAGAAAUUAUGUCAAACAAUGAGUACCAGAAUGGCACUUAUUCAAAGUUUGUAUCCAAAAUCUUGUCUACUUUCAAGACGUGUUUGCAUUGGAUUCAUCCAACCGUGUUGCGAGAAGAAAACAUUAUGCAAACAUUGAUCAACAUUUUGAGUGUUGCGGAUGUUAGAAUCAAAACAUUAGCGGUUGAUUGCUUGCAUAUUCUCUUCACCAGAACAUAUGCAGAGGACGAGGAUUUUGAUUUCUUUAUUGGAUCAGUCUUCACAAGUGAGGGAAUUGCCAAAUUUUCCGAGUUUUAUCAGUCAUUGACAUUGGACCCCGAUGAUAUAGAUGAGCAAGUUUACUCCUUGCUCAAGAAAACAGUGGAAAUGAUUGUUUCGCUUAGCGAGUACCUAAACAUAACUUCAAAGUAUAAAGUUUCGUGGGAGGGUAGUGAUGUUAGCGGGUACCUUAGAUUGGUUUUAAGCACAACCGAUCAUCCAAGUUUAAUCAUUAGUGGAUUAUCAUUGCAAAUGUGGGUCACUAUAUUACGGUUUGACGAAUUGAGUGCAAAACAACAGAUUAUAGAUAUUAUGAUGUCCUUAUUGAACAUUUCAGCUGAUAGAGUAAUUAAUUUCAUUUGGGAUGAUGAAAAUAUAUCCAAGAAAUUCUUUGACGUUGAUUUCGACUCAACCCCAGAUGCUAAUAGCUUUUUACAAAACUAUCGAAAGUUCAAUGAGGAUAUUAUCCGAAUCACGGUUUGUAAAAAACCUGAGGAAGGACUUUUAUGGCUUGAGAAUCGAUUGCAGAAUUUCUUUAGCUCCGAGCUUGGCAGAAAAUGCAUAAAUGAAUACAACUUGGGUGAAAAAUCAAAAGCAUUCAAUUAUGGCUCUUCUCAAUUCAACAUCAUUGAAAAUAGUAUACGAGGGAUUUCUCGUUGGAGAAUAUGGUACAACGGAGAAGACUUUGAUACUAUAAAUGAUCGAUUGAAUAAGCUAGUUAUACAGCUUGGGGAGCGAUUAUUAGCAAUGAGUUUAGCGUCGCCAUUGAUUAUUAGGAAACAGGUGCAAACACUCGUUCAGUUUGCGCCUUUACUCAAAGAUGUUGAUAGUCCACUCAUGUUCCAAAUUUUGGAAAAAAUCUUGACAACUGCAACGUUUCCUUAUCCUCCAAAUAUAAACGAUGAAGAUAGAGAAUUAAUUAGGGAUUUGAGAGCAAGUUGCGGGACUGAGUUGAAUAGAUUGGCCUAUAUUAUGCCUGAAGCAUUGAAAAAGAUUUUUGAUGAUUUAGAAAAUGUUGUUGCCAAUAUUUUAUCCUCAAAGAAAGUAAGUGAUCAUGAGAAUGUGGCCUUCAAAUCUUUUUUAUUAGUUAUUGCCUCGAGGUCUUCAAUUGAUGAUAAAAACGAUCUUUUUGCCAAAAUUGUUGAUCCAGACCUUGCAGCUUGGUCGGCGCCAGAGACAGAAAAGGGAUUAAUGGAUUUGCAUUGGUUUAUGGAGAGAAUAGGUAUUGUACAAAUUGCGUCGUACUUUCAAAGCCGUGGCAUCACGGCCACCACAAACUUGCUUGAAGCCAAAAUGGAUGAUGAGGGCAAGUUAUUAAAGACAAAUUUAAAGGAUCAUUGGAGUUCAAUUUUUCCUAUUCGAGCCACGAGGAUUUUCAUUCAGUAUAGUAUUGAAAAAUUGAGUCAUGAGCUGCCAGAAUAUGUCAAUUUGCUCAAAUUGUGGAAACCCAGGGUGCAGCCUAUUGUACCGCACAUCUUGCAAUUACUAACACAAAUCCAAGCUUAUCAUAAUCCUGAAAAUUGGGUUGACUUACCUGCAGAAGUGCAAAGUUUUGUUAAGUACAGUUGCACCGAGAGAUUUUGGCAGCAAGGAGUUUCCAUUCAGUCAAAAGAAACUUUCAUUGAGGAGAACGUGAAGGCUGCGUUAACUUUAAGAGAUUUUGCAGACUCUGUUGGUCAUUUAAUCAGAUAUACUAGGGAAUAUGCAUUCUUGACUGUAGGGUCACUUGCUCAACUUGAGGACACGCUUUAUGAGAUUCCAAAUAUAGCCACGAUGCUAUGGAAAGCAGUAGCAGGUGACACUGUUGGUGUUACUUUGCAUUCAUGGAAGCAUAUGAUAAACAGCUGUCUCCGAGUUGUAAUAAAGUUUUGCCCUGUGAAGUAUGUUGAAGUUUUUAUGUGUGAGCUUUUACCAAAGGCUUUAGUCGACAUUGACAAUCUUAUUGUUUCCAAAUGGGACAAAAUUUAUAAAAGCGGUCUUCAGUUGCAAGGUAACGAAGAUGACGAGACUUUAUCGGAAGAGAUGAUGGAAGAACACAUGCUUCGACAAUUGACUGCUACCGUUGUGAGAUUAUUGAUGGAUAUUGUUGGUCAAUAUAACGCAAAGGCAUUAACUGAUACCCAGUUUGCAUGUAGAAAACUAAUCAUUGAACACAAGGAAGUACUUGCUCCAUUUUUGCAGAUAUGUUGUCACAUUAUCAACUUCAAAGACACAAAAUGCUCUUUUAAUACAAUAUUGGUGAUACGGAAUAUUGUGAAUGAGGUUACCUUAAAAGAUGAUGAGGUGGAUACAUUUUUGUGCGACUAUUUGAUCAAAGCGUUGUUGCGCGUGUUGCUUGAUGAUUACUUUGUUGAAACUCAUGGUGAAGCAGCUUUGGCAUUGACAACUUUAUAUUGUCAACUCCGUUCUAAAAACGAUUAUGCAGCUCGGGUAUUAAUGCAAAACCUUCCAAACAUUAAGCCACAACAUAUAUCGAAUUUUGAGUCGCUAUUAGUCUCGUCCAAAUCAUUACGACACCAAAGAGCCGCUUUGUUAGAGCUUGUUAGAAUAUCCAAGGAUGAUGUUGCUUAUGAAGAAGAGGAAUUAAAUAAGAGGAAAAAGGAAUUAGGUCAAAUUGCAAGAAGGAAGAAAGUUGGUCCUAGUGGAGAUGUCAUGAAUGACCCUUUUACAGAAAAUGGGGCAUUGAGUAAUUUGUUUGGCGAUGAAUGA